UACUAUGGUUCUUUCGCUUCUAGAGAGCAGGCCUUCCCCAUAAACCCUAGAGAACAGGAUUCGGAUAAGCAAAUACAUAUGGCGUUCUUUAGUAAAGUUGGCAAUGUAUUCGGGCAGACCGGAAAACGGCUCAUGGUCUCUAACUCAUCGAUGUUACAGAGCAUGCGAAGCAUGUCAUCUUCAAAAGUCUUUGUCGGAGGUAUCUCUUAUAGCACCGAUGAGUUUGGCUUAAAACAAGCUUUCAGUAAAUACGGGGAAGUUGUUGAAGCAAGGGUUAUUGUUGACCGUGAGACUGGAAAAUCAAGGGGCUUUGGUUUUGUAACAUUCACUUCGAGUGAUGAGGCUUCUGGCGCAAUUCAGGAAAUGGAUGGACAGGACCUUCACGGAAGAAGAAUAAGGGUGAAUUACGCAACUGAUAGAGGAAGCGGUUUCGGUGGCCCUGGUGGUGGUGGUUUCCGUAAUGCCAAUGCUUUUGGAACUCCGGCCAGUGGUUAUGGAGGUCCUGCCGGAGGAUAUGGAGGUCCUGCCGCUGGUUAUGGAGGAGGUCCUGCCAGUGGUUAUGGAGGUGGCUAUGGAGUCGCGGGUGGUGUUGGUGGAAGCGACGGCUUUCCACUUCCCCCGAGGGCCGAGACUGAUGGUGGGUUCGGUGACAAGUUUGGAAAUGACGGUAAUGAUCACAGGCUUGGAGGCGGGUUUGGCAGCGAGAACGAAUUUGACGACCCAGAAGACGGGAAAUCAACGGACAGCAGCGGCCUGGAUUCUUUCGAUGGGGACAAUGAAGGCGAUACCGAUUUUGUCAAGAGAGCUUAGAGAGCAACGAACACAUACACACACAGUUCACGUUUUGUCCGAAACUCAUCUUGUAAUGCUUCAUCAUCGCUUGGAGAAAACUUUUGUUUUGGAGGUCUUUUGGUUUCUCUGUAAUGAAUCGGGAAUGCUACAUAAGCUUUGAAAUCCCCCAUUGUUGUUUUCUUUUGUGACAUGUUGAUGUUUGUACUUUGAAUGAAUAAGUGCGUCCAAGACGCAUCCUUGUGGAUAGUUCUUGUAGAA